AUGUACUUCAGGAACCGGUUUACGAGGAGGGUGCUUCGAAACGUGUUAAUUCCCACGGUACUGAUCGUACUGAUAAUGUUUGGGACCGUGAUGUACUUUGAUGUUGAUACGGAUACGAUUAUACGUAAUAUAUCGAGGCCCGGUGCAGAACUUGGAUCGAUGCAAAACCAGUCGCAGACGAAGCCAGAGGUUCCACAGCCCGAAGUUGUCCAACCAGAAGUUGCCCAACUGUACAAUGACGGUAGGGGCAACGAUAUUAUCUUGUCGCUGCCGUUCACCCAAGAGUUCAUCGACGCAACAACGGAGAAAGUUAGUGGCCGAACCAGGUACAUAACGAUACCUGAACAGUUCUGGAGCUACCCUGAGAAUAUCGACCGCGAGAAGGCCAAAGAGGAGAUGGAAAAAAUGUCCAAGGAAGGCAUCUCGUAUGGGGACAGCGAGUCGUACAGAUUCAUGUGUCGGUUCAACUCGGGUCUGUUCUACAAGCUGCCGGAGCUCGAACACAUAGAGCACUACUGGCGUGUCGAGCCCUACGUGAAGUUCAAGUGUGACAUCAACUACGACGUGUUCCAGUACAUGCGGAACAACAACAAACUGUACGGGUUUUCGAUGUCUCUUGGCGAAGACCACAGGACGAUACCCACCUUGUGGGAACACACGUACGAGUACUUCUUCCAGCUGCACCCGGAACUGGUGUCACCGCAUAACAACCUCGAUUUCAUCUCAGACGACAACGGUACCACGUACAACGGCUGUCACUUCUGGAGCAACUUCGAGAUUGCCAACCUCAAGAUAUUCAGAGACCCCAGCUACGGCUACGAAUCGUACUUCCAGUACCUGGACUCGAAGGGCGGGUUUUUCUAUGAGCGCUGGGGCGACGCCCCAGUGCACACGCUUGCGUUCAGCCUGCUGCUGGAUGCAGACCAGCUCCAUUUCGUGCCCAAUACCGGGUACGCGCACAAUCCGAACCAGGACUGUCCUCGGGACGAACCACUGAAUGAGGCUCUCAAGUGCUCCUGCAGUCCGUCGCGCGACUUCACGUGGCACCGCUGGAGCUGCGUCCCGAAGUUCUUCGACGUGCACCACCUGCCGCGUCCAGACACGAUGGCCCAUGUCAGGGAACACUACUCGUACCUUGUGGAGGGGACUGGACUCUAG